CGGCGCCCCGCAGCCUGCAGCAUGCACGGGGGCAAGAGGGGGCUGGUGGCCCCGCAAAACACCUUUUUGGAGAAUAUCGUCCGACGCUCCACUGAAAGCAGCUUCCUGUUGGGCAACGCGCAGAUCGUGGAGUGGCCGGUGGUGUACAGCAACGAUGGAUUCUGCAAGCUGUCCGGCUACCACAGAGCCGAGGUCAUGCACAGGAGCAGCACGUGCAACUUCAUGUACGGCGACUUGACGGACGAGACGACCAUUGACAACAUCCGACUCACCUUUGACAGCUACGAGCCCAACUUCUACGAGGUGCUGCUCUACACCAAAAACAGAACGCCCAUCUGGCUGUACAUGCAGGUGGCGCCCAUCCGCAACGAGAACGACAAGGUGGUGCUUUUCCUGUGCACCUUCCGGGACAUCACGCUCUUCAAGCAGCCCAUCGAGGACGAAGGCGCGCGAGGAUGGACAAAGUUCGCCAGACUGACGCGGGCGCUUACCAACAAUCGCAACCUGGUCCAGCAGAUGGCGCCGCUGAGCAAGACGGAGGUCAGCCACAAGCCGUCCCGGUUGGCAGAGGCCCUCCAGCUGGGCUCGGACAUCCUCCCCCAGUACAAGCAGGAAGCCCCCAAGACGCCGCCGCACAUCAUCCUGCACUACUGCACCUUCAAGACCACGUGGGACUGGGUCAUCCUCAUCCUGACCUUCUACACGGCCAUCAUGGUGCCCUACAACGUGUCCUUCCGCACCAGGCAGAACAACCUGGCGUGGCUGGUGCUGGACAGCGUGGUGGACGUCAUCUUCCUGGUGGACAUCGUGCUCAACUUCCACACCACCUUCGUGGGCCCCGCCGGCGAGGUGGUCUCCGACGCCAGGCUCAUCCGCAUGAACUACGUCAAGACCUGGUUCGUCAUCGACCUGCUCUCCUGCCUGCCCUACGACAUCAUCAACGCCUUUGAGCAUUUCGAAGAGGACUUUGUCGCGCCCUCGUCCCCGGCGAGCGCCCCGGCCGGCUUCCACCGGAACGGCACCAGGGCGGAGGACUCGGUGCUGCCCGGCCUGAGCAGCCUGUUCAGCUCGCUGAAGGUGAUCCGCCUCCUGCGUUUGGGGCGAGUGGCGCGCAAGCUGGACCACUACCUGGAGUACGGCGCGGCCGUGCUGGUCUUGCUGGUGUGCGUCUUCGGGCUGGUGGCCCACUGGCUGGCCUGCAUCUGGUACAGCAUCGGCGACUACGAGGUCAUCGACGAGCGCACCAACAGCAUCAAGACGGACAGCUGGCUCUACCAGCUGGCGCUGAGCAUCGGGACGCCGUACCGCUACAACGCCAGCGGCACGGGCCGCUGGGAGGGCGGCCCCAACAAGGACACGCUCUACAUUUCCUCGCUCUACUUCACCAUGACCAGCCUCACCACCAUCGGCUUCGGCAACAUCGCGCCCACCACCGACGGCGAGAAGGUCUUCUCCGUGGCCAUGAUGAUGGUGGGAUCGCUGCUGUACGCCACCAUCUUCGGAAACGUGACCACCAUCUUCCAGCAGAUGUACACCAACACCAACCGCUACCACGAGAUGCUGAACAACGUGCGGGACUUCCUCAAGCUCUACCAGGUCCCCAAAGGCCUCAGCGAGCGCGUCAUGGACUUCAUCGUCUCCACCUGGGCAAUGUCAAAGGGCAUCGACACAGAUAAGGUGUUGUCGAUCUGCCCCAAAGACAUGCGAGCAGACAUCUGCGUGCACCUCAACCGUCAGGUGUUCAACGACCACCCGGCCUUUCGCCUGGCGAGCGACGGCUGCCUGCGCUCGCUGGCCGUGGAGUUCCAGACCACGCACUGCGCGCCCGGCGACCUCAUCUUCCACAUCGGCGAGAGCGUGGACACGCUCUGCUUCGUCGUCUCCGGCUCCCUCGAAGUCAUCCAGGAUGACGAGGUCAUCGCCAUCCUGGGUAAAGGAGACGUGUUCGGCGAUGUCUUCUGGAAAGAGAGCACCAUGGCGAGAGCGUGCGCCAACGUGCGUGCGCUGACUUACUGCGACCUGCACGUGAUCCGGCGAGAGGCGCUGAUGCGGGUGCUGGACUUCUACACGGCCUUUGCCCACUCCUUCUCGCGCAACCUCAUCCUCACCUGCAACCUGCGAAAACGGGUCAUCUUUCGAAAGAUCGCCGACGUGAAGCGGGAGCAGGAGCGCCAGAGGACCGAGGUGGCGCUCUCCAUUCCCGACGACCACCCGGUCAGGAAGCUCUUCCAGCGGUUCCGGCAGCAGAGAGACGGCCAGACGGCGGGGGAAUCGUUCCCGUACCCGGAGCGCAACUGCGUGCAGGAGGGGCCGCGAGACAAGUCGGAGCAGAACCGCCCCGAGGAUGCCGCGCGGUCUCAACGGGGGCCUUGUGGCGAGAAGCCGCCGAGCCAGGGGGUCGACAGAGAGGGCGCCGGGGGCCCCGCCGCCCGCCGAGCGGGCGCCGGAGGGUGGGCAAAGUUGAAAAACGCCAAAUCGGCUGCGCCUCCUCCUCCUCCACCGGGGGAGGACGAGAAGCCGACGGAGAAGGCGGAAGGCCGGACCCAAGGAUCUCGCUCGUCGGAGCAAAUAGCGGCCACCAAGAACCAGGCCCGGGCGGGGAGCACGGGGGCCGGCGCCGACGCGGGGGCAGCCGGCGCCCUUCACAAAACAGACUCGUGCGACAGCGGCAUCACCAAGAGCGACCUGCGCAUCGACCGAGUCGGAGACUCCAGGAGCCCCUUGGAGCGCAGCCCCUUGGAGCGGAACCCGUUCGGGCCCGCCGGCUCCGAGCGGGACCUCCCGCAGGCCGCGCUGUACGAGGCCAAGGCCGAGCUGAAGGCCGACAUCCGGGCGCUGGGCGGCCGGCUCGCCGCGCUGGAGGCUCGGGUGGGCGAGGUGCUCCGGCUGCUCUCUGUCCGACGACGACUGUCGCUGCCGCCCGCGUCCAAAAGCCGAGACUCCGCCGUCGCCUCGCUUCCGGCCGCAAAAGACGACGACGGGCCCUUUUGAGCGGACCCCGUGCAAACUUUAGCCCGCGACUGGGGUACAAA